AGGCCAUUUUCUCUUUAGGACUGGUCGGCGUCUUCCCCUGGAGACAGACGAAAAAUGGUAGUGCCCGGAAAUGACGUUAAGACCCCCAGUCUCGGCUUCCGCCCCUUUCCGGAAGUGACGUUAAGCCGGGCUCAGCACGGUGGAGGGCCGCCGCCACCAUGGGCCGCGAGUUCGGGAAUCUGACGCGGAUGCGUCACGUGAUCUCCUACAGCUUGUCACCCUUUGAGCAGCGCGCCUUCCCGAACUACUUCAGCAAAGGCAUCCCCAACGUGCUGCGCCGCACUCGCGAGCGCAUCCUGCGCGUGGCGCCGCCGUUUGUAGCGUUUUAUCUGAUCUACACCUGGGGGAACCAGGAGUUUGAGCAGUCUAAGAGGAAGAACCCAGCCAUGUAUGAAAAUGACAAGUGAGCAGCACGCGUCUGGAUGACAGUUUCCUGCCCAAAGGCCCUUCUCUGCGAGAGGAGUCUAUGUUAUGUGUCCUGAAGAUACAAUAAAUUACUUACGUUACGGGC